UGUCCGGCUCCCAACGUCAGGACGUGUAUCGCAAAACAAAACACCGAAAGUCGGCUGCAUUUGAGCGAAUUUAGAAUUUGGGCUGCCUUACGCCUUUCUUCCUAUCCAUCUCACCUUAUUUAGAUUUGUAUCGAUAACAUUAUGGAAGUGUUACGUCCAGCUCUCCUAAAUAUAAAUGGGAGAAUAUAUAGGCGAAAUGCCAUUAAAGAAAAACACUAUGAAGAUGAAGACGAAGAAGACUUUUCGUACUUUGGGGCACCAGAAAGUCAAGAAUUUACAGCCGAAGAGGUCUGUGAUAGCCACUGCAUUGAACAAAAUGACAAAGGAUUCCGCUGUGCCAUUGAUGUCCCAAGUGUCCUUUACAAAUACAUCAUUGGGAAGAAAGGAGAGACUCGCAAACGUGUAGAGGCAGACACAAAGACAUCGAUCAGCGUUCCAAAACAAGGCGUGGAGGGUCAGAUUGUUAUUACAGGUCCUCGAAUGGCUGCAGUGUCUUCUGCGGUCACGCGUGUUGAACUCUUGAUUGAGAGUUUCAGGAGGAAACAGCCUUUCACCCACUUUCUGUCAUUUGCUCUGAAUGAUCCGAAAAUUCAAGAGGGAUUCGUGAGAUUUAAAAAUGAGGUCCUUGAACAGUGUUCACAGGACCAUGGGAUAGAUGAAAGCAUCUUUCAAAACCCUGCUAAGCUUCAUCUGACAGUGGGCACCUUAGCCCUACUAAAUGACAUGGAAGUGACCAAAGCGUGUGAACAACUCCUUGAGUGUCAAAACUUCCUCAGGGACAUCACAGAAGGAAAACCACUACCCUUGGAGGUUUCAGGUAUUGAGUACAUGAAUGAUGACCCUGCCAUGGUGGAUGUCUUGUACGCCAAGGUCAAUGUGAAAGAUGGCUCUGACAAGCUGCAGAUGAUUGCGGACCGACUGGUAGAGCACUUUGUUUCUGCAGGUUUGAUGGUCAGGGAAUGGGACAAAGUGAAGCUGCAUGGCACCGUGAUGAACACUGUGUUCAGAAAGGAUUCCACAGCUGAAGACGGGGGUGGUGCAGGAAGACAAACUCUGAAAGACCGAGAGGCCUUUGAUGCCAGGAACCUAUUAAAGAACUUUGGUGACUACCACUUUGGAGAGUGCCCCCUGAAUGCUGUCCAACUAUCUCAGAGGUUUUCAACGGAUUGUACUGGUUACUAUACCUCUGCUGGCAGCAUCAGCUUUUCAUGAUGAGCUACAGGGCUGUGCAAUAACUCAGGUCACAGAUGGAUGUGGCAGCGGGGUGGACGGUGUUCAGUGUGGCCUACUGCCGAGGGAGCCACGUUCAACCUUUACCCAUCAAACGAAACACAAUGCUGUCCACACCUGUGCAUCGUCAACACCGCGGAGGGCGUGCCUUCAGUUUAACUUUGUGUACGAGAGCCGCAGCAAAGUUUCCGUGGGAAGUCAUUAUCUGAUGUUUUCACACAACCGUGAUUUCAAAAGGCUGGCGACAACACGUUGUCAGCCUACGCGGUUGCCACAUCUUUUGACCAAAAAAAAAUGCAUGUAUUUUAUUUUGAUGACAGAAGGUGUCAUACUUUAACAGUCUAUGUAAAUCUUGCAAGAAUAAACAAUUACUCAUGAAAA